CACAAACAUUCAUUCAUUAGCCAGGCCUGUGGUGAUGUUGCUGUAUCCAUUAUAUGCAUCGGUUAUAGCAAUAGAGAGUCCAGGCAAGGAAGACGACGAACAGUGGCUUGCUUAUUGGAUUCUCUAUUCAUUCCUGACUUUAACAGAGAUGGUGUUUGAAUCGGUCCUAGAGUGGAUACCUAUUUGGUACUCGGUGAAGCUAUUGUUCAUAGCAUGGCUGGUUUUACCCCAGUUCAAGGGAGCCUCUUUCAUAUACGAAAGGUUUGUGAGGGAACAGAUGAUUAAACAUGGGAUUUUGAGGCGCCAUAAUCAUAGUUCUCCUGAUGGAAAGGGCAAAUAGAGAUUUGUGCAGUUCAUCGUC